AUCUUUCCUUUUGAGCAGUAGAGUCUACAGCAAAAUGGCCGCAUUUUAGUCUGCAGAUUCGUUUUCUUUACUGUUUGCCAAUAGUUGUUUAAUAGGGCCUGACAGUGAUUGUGAAAAAGUGACAUCGUCUGUUUCGCCGAAAAUUUUAUCGACGAAACAGCUGAGAUUUUUCUUAAUAACCUAUAUACUUUGAAUGGAAGGACCGAUGCGUCCGAUGCAACAGGCAAGUAUGGCCCCCCCUCAACAGCCUCAGCAUCCUCAUUCGCAUCGGAAUCCGCAUGCUGGACAUCAAAUUCUCUCGAUGUCCAAUCACACUCAACAGACUCAUAUACCUCAUCAUAUUCAACAUCCAGUGAUGUCACACAGUAACCAGCGACACAUGAUGAGUCAAAAUGCACUACAUCGCGUACUUGUUCUCACAACUUUCCUCAUACUUUUUGUCGGAUCAGAAGCCGGAAAAAUUGAAGUGCCUUUCAUCGAUUUCCCAGACAAUUGGCAUGAACUUUUUGGUACAACGGGCUGUUUUACAGGGACGAUGGUUAAUGUUAAUUUACAAGUAACGUUGGCUAAAGAUCAAAUAAUGACCCUCCAAAAUCAGGCGAAUAUUCAGGCGCAAAAGAAUACAAUUGAACAAAAUAAAUUGACAAUUAUUGAGGGAAAUGAUGAUUCUAUUCUUAAUGAUGAUUCGAUGCAAAAUCAUGCCAACGGGACGAAUUCAAAUUUGGCAAACAUGAAAGAAAAGACACCAAUGUGCUUAGUAAAUGAGCUGGCUAGGUUUAAUAAAAUUCAACACCAAUAUCGAUUAACGAAUGAGCAGGGACCAGCACAUAAGAAGAGAUUCACCGUGACUCUGAAACUUGGCGAGGAGGAAUACGUCGCUGAAGGACCCAGCAUAAAGAAGGCUCAACAUAGUGCUGCGAGUGAGGCGCUGACAAAAACAUGGUAUCGACAACCGCCGCCGAAACCACCGAGAGCACUGAGGGUUCCUGGCAAAUGUCCUGCUGCUUCCGGUCAUUUGCCACCAACUGUUGAACUUAACGCUUUAGCGAUGAAAAGGGGCGAACCAACAGUCUACACUUUUAGACACGCACCACCAGCCACUCCACAGCAGUUCGUGGCACACGGCUUUGGAAACUUUCCUCGGAUGUUUCCUCCACGUUACCCAACCUACAAUCGUGGAUACCAUCCAGAACCUCAGGGAUUUUACCUCGUUACAUUAAAGGUCGGAGAACGUGAGUUUAUAGGAAGGGGAAUGACAGGACAAGCAGCUCGACAUGACGCAGCCGGCCGAGCUCUUGAACAACUGCGUCAACUUCCUUUGCCCGAGGAAAUCGCUAAUACGUGUGCCCCGAAUGAGAACGGAACAAUAAGCAGUAUUGAUGAUCCAAAUGCGGAAUUAAAAAGUCCCGUUUCAUUAGUCCACGAAACCGCAUUGAAGAGAGGAUUGUCGGUAACUUUCGAAGUUGUCUCUGAAAGUGGAAAGCCUCACAUUCGUACAUUCAUGACCAAGUGUUCAGUGGGCGAGAAAAUGACAGUUGGUGAAGGAUCCUCAAAGAAAGUGUCGAAAAAACGAGCAGCAGAGGCAAUGUUGGAGGAGUUAAAACGACUGCCAGCAAUACAGGCGAAUAUACAACCGCGAACUUUACGUCUUAAACGAAAGCCACCAACAACUAAGAAGAAGUCGCGAAACUUGAUUAAAGUUUAUCAGGAGCCACGCCAGGAGGCUGAAAUUAUCGAGGAGGUAAAUCCGAUCUCGCGUCUUGUUCAGAUCCAACAAGCAAAACGGGAGAAGGAACCUGUUUACAAUCUAAUUGAAGAAAAAGGUGCUCCGAGGCGAAGGGAAUUCAUCAUGGAAGUCACUGUUGGACAGCAUUCAGCUCAAGGAAUAGGACCUAACAAGAAACUGGCGAAAAGAGCCGCUGCCGAGGCACUCUUAACUGCCAUGGGCUACAGCAAGCCUCAGCCACAGCCGGCGAAACCUUCUAUUAAGUCAGGUGACAAAGACAAUACAGAGGGGAAAUCAAGAAAAGUCACUUUCUUAGAGGAUGAACAGACCAACGACACUCAGAGUCAUCCUACUGGAGGAACCAUUGGACGUCAACUUGUUCCCGGACUGCUUCUAAUGGAUGGUGGUCAGGAUUCGAAAAUUGGUAGCGGACCCAGUGUUCAAGUGGUCGCUGAAGAACUUCGAGGUCAACAACAGCAACAAAUUCCGUCUGGAGUAUCUCCAAGGGACCAACUCAAAUACCUGGCACAACUGUUAAACUUCGAAGUGGAGUUCAGCGAUUUUCCGAAGUUUCAGGGACUGUACAGGGAAUAUCUAUCACUUGUGUCAUUGAACACAGACCCUCCUCAGGUUUGCCACGGUCAUGGAGCGACGAAGGCAGCUUCUCAAGACCAAGCAGCACUUACAGCUUUACGCACACUCAGCAAAUUAGGAUUAGACAGUGUGACUAAUUCGCAAAACAAAAAGGAUAAAGGCGCUGCUGGUGACAGUAUUCACGUUAAUAAUCAGGUGAAAAACAACAUCAUUAACGGAGCUCUGGAUAAAUAAGGAAUUGAGAGAAUACAAUAGCCAGCUUUAUUACUGUUAAUUUGCUUAUUACAGUAUAAUAAUUAAUCCAAUUCAAAUAUUGAGAAAAAUAUUUGAAUAAGUUCUUUUAAAGACACAAAAAAGCAGAAUUGUUGAAUAAUUCCAUUGCUUGGGUGUCAAUAAAUACAAACUCUUCGUACUUUGUUUUCUUAAAUUUUUCGAGAAUUAGUCAUGGACUAGAUUUUAUUAACAUGGAAUAUAUUAUUAUCUUUGUUUUAUUUUUUACACUUUUUUGUCAAUGUUCUAACGAAUUGUAAGAUAAAGUCCGGUCCAUCUUUUUUACAAAUUUUACAAUUUGUAAAAUUUAUUUAAAUUCUUAAAUUUUUCCCCCCUUACAAAAAAAGAAAAGAGAAGGAAUUAGAAAAUUUAUUGACGCCCGACCAAUAAUAGUAACGUUUACGUUACGAAAAAGUAUUUUUAAGAAUAUGUGCUAUUUAUUAUUAAAAUUUAAGCCAACUAACACACGAUUUAGGAGAACGUAAAACAAGAAAAAUACACAUCAACAAUUUGUAAUUUGCGUUCUUCUGAAAUGUGUGUUAAAAUCUUUACCAACAAUGUAUUAAGAACAUUAUAAAUUCUUAAUACAAAUGUGGUCAUUCUCCAAACGUUUCUGGUGUAUGGCCAUCGAAAAAAAUAAUUAAUUUGCUGAAAAAUCUGAGAUGAAAUGCGGCCAUCUCAAUUUUACAAAACUUGAUACCUUGGCUGUUUCAUUGUCAUGAAUGUAAAGGCUUCGUCCAAUUACCUAACACCGUCAACUGCAAUUUUAAUUUUAAAAAAAUUGCAUUUAAAAAAUACUUGUCCGAAAUUGUCCGAAAUCACUAAAAAGAAGAACAAAAAUGUUGACGUGUAAAAUAUGACAUUCCUAAUAUAAUUUUUACAAAUUGGUGUUUUUGAACUAAAUAUUAUCAAAAUAUUUAGUUUGGCAUAAUUUAAUUGCAAGUAGUCCACGACGCUAUAAAAGCGGUAAUUAAAAAAACAUUUUGUUCAAAGAAAAAAAUAAAAAAAACUAAAAUAAACUAGAGGGAGAUUCAAUAGAACCAUAAUUGUUGAUCGUAAAAUUGUAAAGGAAAUAUUAGCAUUAAAAUGAUAAAAUUUCCUUCUCCCCCAUCGAAGAAGAAAAAAAAAUUAAUAUAAUAAAUAAUAAAACAAAUAAAUAGGUAAUUCGAUGUAUAAGCUGUUUUUGUGUCCCAAUUUGCUUUUCUAAGGGGCCUAGAAGCAUUCUGGGAAAAAAUAUUCAUGUUAAUGUUUAUAUGAAGGUAUUUAAAGAAAGAAAAUGAAAUUUUCUCAUGCUACUGAAUUGUGUAAAAAAACAGUAGCUUGAUCGUUUUGAAAAUUUCAAAAAAAAAAUGGCAAAAUGCUGACGGCAAUAAUUCAAAAUUUAUCUCGUUGCGUUAAGAUUAUUGCAAAAUUAAAACUGAAUUUUGUUUCAAAAAGAAUCUUGAAACAACGCCCUGAAUUUUGAUUUAUUGCCCGUCGUAUGUGGUUUUUGAAAAAAAAGCCGAUUAACAUUAAUGAAUGUAGGCCAUUUAGGAUCCCAGUACACACUUUGAGCGAGUUUUGUUUCAUUCUUUUUAUAUUUGCAAACAAAAGAACUUGCAUAAAAAAUUUCUUUUUAAAUUUUAAUUUUAUUAACGAAACUCGGGUUUUAUGAUGGACAAUUUAUAACGCAAAGUUUUGUACUUGUGACCCUAAGAAUUUUUUAUUAUUUUAUAUUCGUUACUUUCGAUACGCUAUUAAUGAAUUAAUUUUUGAUUGAUUAAAACUGUAAAAAUUGUAUUGACUUUUUUUUAAUUGAAAGACAAAUUUGUUGAAUUGUUUCGAUAAUUUUCUUUUAAAGAGUAUCGCAAGCUGCUUUGUUCAGAAAAUGAUUCUUUUUUCUACUCUCUUCCCUUCUAUCAUUUAAACUUGAUUCCAGUUUUUUUUUCUAUUUUAAUGAUAAAUAUACUUGAAGCUGAAGAUGUUUAAUUUCUUUUUUGAAAGUAUAGCUUUAUAGGUAUAGAUGGGCAAUAAUCCGUAUGCGAUUUGUUAUAUGUACUAUAAGGUUUAAGCUUAGACUUCGUUGCAGACACUAGUUUUGCUAAAUAUGAUGGAAUGGAAAAAAUGAUUCCUUACAGAUUAUAUGUCUGCUAACGAUUCUAUAUUUUAUCCGUAAAGUGUGUAGACACACUACACAUGCUAGAAUUAUAACGAAAAGAUAAAAAGUAUUACCAUAAAUUAAUAAUCGACAGACAACGGUGUACAAUAUGUGAGAGGAAAAAAUUAAAAGAAAAAAAAAGGAUCAAAUAAAAUACGCCUAUCACGCUGUUUAAUUCAAUAAAUUUAAUUAAUUGUAAGUUUUUUUAAAAUUGUUUGUCAUCUUCACUUGCAGGACUCUUAAGUUUUUUUUUCAUUAUUAUACUAUUAUUAUUUAUGAAAAUUCAAUAAUUCGUUCCGAAAAAAAGGGUGGAUUAAUUUGAUUAUACAAAAAAACUGUUUCUUUUUCAUUUUUAUCGAGCUGACGAUCUAAUGCUUGAUAUAAAAUUUUUAAAAUUCUUCCCCAAAUUUGAUAUCAAGGAAGAUAUAUGAGUUGUAUGUAAAUUUAAAGAAAUCAUUUUUCUUUUCGUUGAAGAGAAGCAUUAAGGUGAAACUCGAUAGAAAUGAAAUUUAGUGUUGAUAGAAGUGAAAAUUGUGUGAUAAGUUUACGCAGACAUGACUUAUGUAGUUCUCGUUUAUCGAUUUGUAACUGAAAUCAAUAAACUGCUUCAAAAUA